AUGAGUGGUAGGUCUGUGCAUUCUGUUUUGGCUGGGCUCGCGUGCCUCGCCAUUAUUGCCUCUACUACUUCUUGUUCAAGUGUUGGAAGCUCCAACAACAUGAUCAUGUGCUUGGAGAGUGAAAGGCAGGCUCUUCUCCAGUUCAAACAAGGCCUUGUCGAUGAGUCUAACGCUCUUGCUUCUUGGGAAAGUGAGAAAGAAUGCUGCAAGUGGAGAGGAAUAGCAUGCAACAAUCAAACAGGUCAUGUCACCAGUCUUAAUAUCUCCUCAAGUAGUGAUGCACACUUCUAUUCCAAAGUCCCGUUAAGAGGUGAAAUUAGUCCUUCACUACUUGAAUUGCAACACCUAAAUUACUUGGACCUCAGUUUUAAUGAUUUUGAAGGGAUUGUGAUUCCCAAAUUCAUUGGCUCAUUGAGUCAAUUGAAAAAACUAGGACUCAAAGCCUGUAAUUUUAGCGGGCAUGUUCCUCCCCAGCUUGGAAACCUCUCUAGUUUGCUCACUCUGGAUCUUUCCUAUAAUGAAGAUGUUAGCUUAGAAGAUCUCGAGUGGCUAACCCAUCUUUCUUCCCUGAGAUGCCUGGACAUGUCGGAGCUAGAUUUUUCAAAAUUUGUGAAUUGGCCACAAUCUUUAAGCAAGCUCACUUCACUGACAGAGCUUCGGUUAUCUCUCUGCAAUCUUCCUGAUGUCAAUCUAGGAUCACUUUCCUUGAUCAAUUCUUCCACCUCUCUUCAACUCCUUGAACUUUCUGAUAAUUUUCUUCAUUCUUCAAUAUUGUUUUGGAUAGCCAAUGUCAGCACCAACUUUGUCUCUAUUGAUCUGUCUAGGAAUAACCUAGAAGGUGGGAUAGGGAUACCAAUAGGCUUUCAAAGCUUAUGCAGCUUAGAGUGGUUCAGGUUAUUGGGAAAUCGAUACUCUGGAAACAUUGAGGACUCUAUAAAAGCCUUGUCUUGUGCUAACAACACACUGGAGACCUUGGACUUGAGUUAUAACCAGUUUUUGGGGACACUGCCAAAUCUGAAACAUUUUACAAAGUUAAGAGAGUUAGAUCUCUCCGGUAAUCGACUACAGGGGUCUCUGUCGGAAAGUGUUGGGCAACUCUCUAGCCUCGAAAUGCUACAUCUCUUGGGGAAUUCUAUGACCGGUGUCAUCACAGAAUCCCACUUUCAGAAUCUCUCUCGUUUACAGGAUUUGUCUCUUUCCGAUAAUCGUUUCUCUAUGAACCUCAGCUCUGAUUGGAACCCACCAUUUCAACUUGCUCGACUAGACAUGUCAUACUGCAAUGUUGGCCCAGCUAUUCCGAACUGGAUUCUCAAGCAGACGAAUAUUACUGACCUUUAUCUGCAUAACACCGGAAUAUCAGGAUCAUUACCUGAUAAGUUUUGGGAUCUACUUCCCGGCUUACAACAGUUGGAUCUCUCUAAGAACCGAAUCCAUGGGAAACUGCCGAAUCUGUCAACAACAAGCUUGUCUUCUUUCUGUGCAACUUCCUUCGGGGCUCUUCGUCUUCUCGACAUUUCUGAGAACAAACUGUCAGGGGAGAUUCCUGAUAAUUGUUCAAUGCAAUUUCAAAAUUUGAAUUCAUUGAAUUUGGGAAAGAACAAUUUAACUGGGAAGAUACCGAGCUGGAGAAUUACCUUCUUUAGAGAACUGUUCCAGAUUAAUGGCAAAUUGGCAAUUGACCUUAGCAGCAACAACCUUUCGGGAAGGAUACCUUAUUGGAUUGGCCAGCAAUACUUGGUGAUUCUAAACUUACGGCACAAUCAGUUCCAUGGAACCAUACCUCUCUCCCUUUGCAAUCUAGGCAGCAUUCAUGUUUUGGACCUCUCUCACAACAACAUCUCAGGAGACUUGCCUCAUUGCUUCAAUAGCAUAUCAAUUUCGGCCGCCGGAGAUUUUAACAAAUAUGGUCACAUGAUGAUGGUUGUUGUGGAGCUCCCCGUUAGAAAUACGAGAAUCAUUGACAUGUCAAGCAAUUAUUUGGUCGGGGAAAUUCCGGAUAGUAUAGCAAAUAUGGACGCGAUGGCUUCCUUCAACUUGUCAAGAAACUAUUUGACGGGAAAGCUUCCUGAAGACUUUGGUAAUGUGAAGACAUUGGAAUCUCUGGAUUUGUCAAGAAACAAUCUAUCUGGCAAUAUUCCUGCAAUUUAUGCGAGCUUAAACUUUCUUGGAGUGCUGGACUUAUCACACAACAACUUGUCGGGAAGAAUUCCAGCAGGCGCCCAACUUCAGAGUUUCGAUGCUUCUGUUUAUACUGGAAAUUUUGGACUUUGUGGACCGCCGCUGACAACAAUUUGCUCAAAAGAUGGAACGACUCAAGGUGAUGGGACUAUGACUGGUAAUGCAACCAAGGAACAUGGUAGUGAUGAUCUCCGAGACCUGGGAUUAAUUAUUAGUGCAGUGUUGGGAUUUACCAGUGGAUUUUGGAUAGUAUGUGGCAGUUUAAUGCUUAAGAGCACUUGGAGAUACGCUUAUUUCAAAUUCUUGGAUGAUUCAAGAGAUUGGAUUUAUGUCAAAUUGGCUGUGUACAAGGCUAAAAUGCAGAGGAGACUUGAAAGAUAAAUGGAAAUUCUGGCAUUGAGGGAA